AUGAAUAUUAAUGUAUUGAUCCUGACCUUAUUGGUUGCUCUUGUAACAAGCCAACAGUAUAGUAUUUCUUAAUGUGAUUGUUCCUAAUUGUUAUCAAAAGAGGAUUGCUAAAAAAAUGAUACCAUCAAAUGUUAAUGGGAUAGUACAAAGAAGACAUGUAAAAUUUAGGAUACAACAACUAAUCCAGUUAUAAACUAUGCAAAAUAUUGUGAUAACUUUAAAGAAAUGGAAUGUCCAAAACAAAAACCAUGUAGCAAUUGUGGAUCCUACUCUGCAUGUGCUUGGGUUGAAGGAUAGUGUACAUUUUUUACAGAUUGCACAGUAUUUAACAAACCAACAGAUUCAGAUUGUUAAGCUAUUAGUAAUAAAUGUAUUACUGAUGGAACUCAUUGUGUUGAAAUAGAUACUUGUGACAAAUAUAAAAAAACAAUAAUCUUGUAUAAUUUUAUGUUAUUGGGAUACUAAAAAUAAAUAAUUGUGUUGAUGCUGAUACUUGUGGAUAAAUUACCAAUUAAAUUUUAAACAGAUAAAGAAUGUAGACAUGAAAUACAAAGUUGUACUGCAAAAUCAGGAGGUGGAUGUAUUGAUAGUGGAAUUAAUUGUACUGAUUAAAGUUUAGAAAUUUAAUGUUUUUGGGAUUAAUCAAUGAAAAUGGAAUGUUAUUGGAAUGGAACAUAAUGUAAAGAUAGAAUAUGUGAUAAUGCACCUACUACUUUAAAUAGUGACGAUGCUUGUAAAUUAUUCAAAACUGAUGGAUCAUGUACUACAAAACUUAAUGGUGGAUGUAUUACUAGAACUACUUGUUAAGCUGCUACAAUAUCAGCAGCUUGUAUUAAAAAUAGUACAAAUGAAGAUUGUUAUUGGACUGGAACUGCAUGUGUGGAUAAAAUAUGUUCAAAUGCACCAACUACAUUAACAACUAAUUCAGUUUGUGCUGCAUUUUCAAAAGGAUGCAUAACUAAGUAAGGGGGAGGAUGUGUUCUAAAUGGAGAUUGCUCAGCUGCUAAUAUUUCAACGGCAUGUGUUAAAAGUAUCAAUAAUUUUGAUUGUAUUUGGGAUUCAACUUGCAAAGAAAAAAACAUGUGGUAAAUGCUCCAAAGUCUAAUACUACUCAUGAUUAAUGUACUUUCUUAUUUAUCUACCUUGUACUUGUGUAAUCAGGAGGAAGGAUGUCAAAAGAGAACAUGUGACAAUGCUCCUAUAACAUUGAAUACAAAUGAUGCAUGUGAAACAUAUUUACCUGCAAAUAAAUGUAUAACCAAAAAUGGAGGUGGAUGUACAAUAAACACCACUUGUUCACUAAUCUCAAUAGAAGUUGCUUGUAUCAAAAAUUCAUUAGGAUAACCUUGCUUUUGGCAUGCUGCAAGUGGAAGUUGCAAAGAUAGGAUUUGUGCGAAUGCUCCCUCUAGUAAUAAUAGUCAUGAACUAUGUUAAUAAUUUUUGAAUACCUGUACUGUCAAUUCUACAAAUACAGGAUGUGUUGAAAAAACAUGUGAAAACUCAUUAACUUUAUCAAUUUGCGAUAAAGAUUUAAACAACAAUAUAUGUAUCUGGAAAGCAAGGUGUUAUAUGAAAUAAUGUGCAAUGGCUUCAAAUUCAAUAACAUCUCAUUCUGAAUGUCAAACUUAUUAUUCAAGUUGUACAUUAAGCAACACUGGAAAAGGAUGUGUUACAUUACCUCUGAAAUGUGAAGCAAUUACAAUAGAAGCUGCUUGCAAAAUAAAAGCUAAUAAAUAAUCUUGUGGUUGGACAGGAUCUUAAUGUAUUGAUAAAGCCUGCAAUACUGCUCCCAAAACUAUUUAAACAACUUCAGACUGUCAAGCUUACUUAUCUUCUUGUGUGGCUAAUAAUCCAAUAACAAUAAAUGGAACCUCAACUAUUUAAGGAUGCUAAGAUUUACCUAAAACUUGCGAUUCUAGAAAAUCAUCUGAAAAUUGUAAUAUCACAAGAGCAGCAUUUCCAACCUGUUUUUGGGGAUUCUUUAUCAAACAAAUGCGUUGA